AUGCAGCCCCGGUCCGAGUUCUUAUGCAAGUGGCCUGAAAAGGUCAGCGAGGAUGAGCUACAGGCGGAACCGGCAGGCAAGGUGUUGCUCACCAGGAGAGGAGGCGUCUCAGCUGAACCCAGUGGCGCCUACAAUGUUUGCUAUGCCGAUUGGACUCAGCCCGUGCAUCCCAAGACCCAGGAGCAGCGGCAGAGUUUGAGCUCAGCGCUGCAGAAAUGCCCGCUUUUUCAAGGCAUUGACGCUGAAGACUUAUCCAAGUUGGUGGAUGCGAUGGAAAUUCUGCGAGUGAAGGCAGACGAGAAGAUCUACACCAAGGGUGAGAGUGGGACGAGCGGGUAUGUCUUGAUCAGCGGAAGUGCUUGCGCUGAGACCGAUGCCGAAGACAAGUCAAACUUGCUCAGGCGAUCCUCAACCUUGAAUUUGUUGAUUUCUCCCGGCACCUUCUUCGGAGAGCACAGCAUGCUUUGGGGGUUUUGCCGGCGAAUGACCGUGGAUGCUCUCGAUGACUGCGUGCUCGGCCAGCUGGAGCGAGAAACGUACGUGAAUAUUAUCACUCGCUCCGCCAUGGCUGCGAGAAGUUUGAGGGAGAAGUACCUGCGUCGAGUUCCCAUGUUUGAGACCUUCGAUGAUGAGCUUAUUGCCAGGAUCACCGACAUUGUAGAGAAGCGAAAAUAUUCGAGCGGCUCCAAGAUCAUCGUCCAGGGCCAGAAAAUCGUGCGUCGUGGGCAGAAACCAAUCGAAGGGCAGACCGUGCCAGCGGAGCUCUACAUUGUGCUGAGUGGUGAAUGUGCUGUGACAAUCUGGGUGGACCAGGUCGGCUCAGACAAGGCGGAGUUGGAAGAGCACGAGGUGAGAAGAUAUGGUCCAGGGGAACGCUUUGGAGAGUUGGCCUUCAUCAACCGGACAGAUCGUGCAGCUUCAGUGACUGCUGUAACGGACACGGAGCUCUUAUGUUUGGACCGGGACACCUUUGAGCGCUUGGAGGAAUUGGAGCUGAAGCAACGUGAAAAUUACGCCUGUGAUCCGCGCAAGGCCUUGGCUGACUUCUACAGCCCGGGUGACCAGCAUGGCCCUGGUGGCGUUGCCCAAACUCCGGGGGAGACACAGUGGUUUGCAGUGUACCGCCCUACUAGUCGAGACGCGCUCGCAAAGAUGCUGAAUCAGACGGCCGUUGGAAAGGGGCUCAAUGUGAAAGGGAAGUCAGCCAAAAAGAACUAUCUCUCUGGAUUUGUUCCUUUCCUUCAAAUCAGUGUGAAUGAGCACAAGGAACAGAUUGGGCCACCUCAAGAUGAGGCAUCCGUGACCGUUUAUUAUCAGUCGCGGGAAUCACAAGAAGCCGCACUGAAAGAACUUCAACGUGCAGAAGCGUGGAAAGAAAUGUCCCCGGUCUAUGAGGACAACUCAUAUCCAGGCGUUUACGGCUUGGUGAUGUCUGAAGACCUCUUGCGUGAGGUCUACAUCGAUACUCCUGACAUCCAGUUCCGUGCAGGUUGGGAGACGGGCCGUGCAUCAGAGCCUGCUUUCAUGGACAUGAACCUACAUGCCUUGCGAUCAGAAUCCUCUCCAAGAGUGGUUUUGUACCAGUAUGAUGCGACAAACGAACUGAAUCCGCAUGGCUUGCUGGUGGCUUAUGCAGAGGAAUAUGAAGCGCGAGGUAAGCAGAUCCGAAGCGUAAAGCCAGUGGUCUCCGAUUUUGAUACAUUUACCAUCGGUAGCAUUGGAAUGAGCUACGAGGCCUUACCGGAUGAACAGCUCGAUUUGAUGGUUUGGAGCUUGCAGCAAGCCAAGGGGAUUCUAAGCAAGCCGGGGAAGAAGUCCUGGAACUCCCGCUGGUUGGAAGUACUGCAAAAGGCCAACCAGGAGGGUUUCCAUCCGUCCAUUCCCCCGUAUGGCUUUGGGGAUCCCACUUCGUACAGGUUGAUUGAGGAAGUGAUCAAAGCGACAGCCAUCUCUGGAGCUGUCCGACAUGGAGCUGAAUGUUUUAACUUCUAUUUUCCCCAAGAGUUUGAUGCAGAAUACCUGGUGGUAUGGCAUGGGUUGCCUGGUAAGCCAUGGGCUUACUAUGACCCAGGUGCUUUGCAGAAAUUCCUCAUGGAGCGAAUUGAGGAGGGCUUUUCUUUUCCAAUCAAUCCAGUUUGGCCUGUUCGCGAUCCAGGCUGGUAUGAGAUCUUUUCGGCCCUCCUACGCCGUGAGGAUGCCAAGAAAUCUUCGAAGGCUUGGUUUCCCCCUCACCGAAGUGUGGUGGAGUGCAUAGAGUCCAUUCACGAAGCAUUUCCACAAGGCUUCCAGACAGAAACCGCUGAGAAUGAUGACCUGGAGCCUGAGGAGCGUGCAGACCUGCUCCGAUUUCAAGCAAAGAGACGCUGGAGAAAGCUUCGAAUGGCCACACGGAUCUCGAGAUCCUUCAGCAAAGAAUCUAAUUCCUCUAAAUGA